CCCCUGGUUACCAAAAAAAAAAUAAAAAAACAAAAAAAAAAACAGCGGACCCCUGAGACGAGGUCUCCUCCGCUUCUCUUUCCUCGGAGUAGAAGCAGCGAGAGAGAAGAAAAGAAGCAGCGAGAGAAAGAAGGGCGAAAAGCAACGAAAUGGCGGGAAGACUGAGCAGCUUGGGAUCUCGAAUCAUGGGAGGCAACGGCGUGGUGGGGCGAUCCCUGGCCUCCUCCCUCCGCACCCGCUCCGGCAUGGGCCUCCCCGUCGGCAAGCACAUCGUCCCCGACAAGCCCCUCCCGACUCACGACGAGCUGGUAUGGGAUAAUGGAACCCCAUACCCGGAGCCCUGCAUAGAUCGCCUCGCCCCCACCAUCGGGAAGUAUGAGGCAUUGGGGUGGUUGUGCGGAGGCCUGAGCUUUUUCGCUGUGAUCGGGUUGCUGACGGUGUGGAAUGACAAAGCAUCAAAGAUACCCUAUACCCCAAAAGUCUAUCCAUACGACAACCUGCGUGUCGAGCUUGGUGGAGAGCCAUAGGAGCAUCCUUGAAAGGUUCAAUUUAGUACCUGAUAUCGUGCUGUUGCUUCUUGUUUACAAGUGCUUCCUAUCAACUAAAAUAAAAGAAAUAAUGGAUUAUGUGCAGUGCUUGGUUUGUAUUUCAUUGUCUUGACGAGAUGACUUGUGCAUUUCCCUUUUCUGAUUAUGAAAUUUGUUAAAAAAGGCUGCAUUUUCAGUGCCCUAUAGCGUAGCCUGCAAUUAGGCUUUUCUCAUUUCUAUAAAAUCCCACACAUUAAAUUCCACCAACAUGGGAAUGAUCUCAUAUUGCAAUUUGCACUU